AUGGGGGCCUCCGAAAGCUGCCCCACCACUCCUGCCUCCGGCCCCGUCUUUAACAAACACCUGGCACACGUCAGCGACCCUCGCUCCCCCAGCGCUGGUAUCCUGCGGACCCCUAUUGAGGUGGUGAGCUCCCCAGGGGGCAGGCCCAGCCCCACGGAGCCGGCAGCAGGCACUAGCCGGGACCGAGACCCUCGCUCGCCGACGCCGGGCAUUUUCCGCACGCCUAUGAAGGCCGGGCUGAAUGGGAGCAAGCCCAUAAGACGCAAGACCAGCAACAAAAUCAUGGCAACGUCUGGUGGAACUGGGCGCUCUCCCCUCAGCAUUCUACAGGAUGAUAAUUCCCCCAGUGCUCUUGUACCUCGUCAGGGUAAGAGGCAUGCAUUGGGAGAGAACCUUGGGGAGAGGAAGGAAGUGACAGUGGAUCUGAGCAGGAGCCUUAAAUCUGGGAGCUGUACCUGGAGUGACUUGAACAAAGAGAACCAGCAGUGUCCUUUUGCAGAGAAUUAG